AAGUGGAGCUAGCGCAGGAUUAUUUGGCUGUCUUCGGUCCGGUGGCAAAAGACCGACGGAGAAGACUGGACUUGAGAGCGAUCGCAUAAUUUCGCACCAGGAUGCCUGAUAAUUUUGCAAUGAUUGGGAUGUUUGAUACUCAUCAAAGUGCAAGAUGAUGGACUGCAGGGUUCUGGUCUGGUGAAUUUUUCUCUUUCUGCGCAAGUUUGGCAGGUUGAAGUACCUACCGAGGAUGGAUCUUUGAAAAGCGAUCACACUUCAAGGCUUCAAGCUGGACUUAAUGGAGCUUGAGAACAUAGUGGCCAACACGGUCUAUCUAAAAGCCCGAGAAGGCGGGGCUGACAAUAACAAAGGCCGCAGUAAGAAAUGGAAGAAGAUUCUUGCCUUCCCGCACAUCUCCGAGUGCAUCGGCAUCAAGGACGAACUGGGAGCAGUACGAGCUGGAGGCGGACGAGCGGCGAGCCGAGGCGGCACAAUCCAUUUUCUACAAGUAUAUCGCCUCCACGUCGCCGGACUCAAUCGACGUGCUGAACGAGGACGUGUCCGCCUCCUGCAAGGAGGGCCUGUUACGGCCCUGCAAAGAGCUGUUCGACGGUUGCGUGCAGCUGGUGAAGGCCUUCCUCGCCAACCAACCUCUGCAGGAGUUCGUCGACUCCAUGUUUUUCCAUAGAUACCUCCAGUGGAAGUGGCUCGAGAGGAGGCCGGUGACGUACAAGACGUUCCGCAUGUACAGGGUGCUAGGGAAAGGGGGGUUUGGGGAGGUGUGCGCGUGCCAGGUGCGCGCCACCGGCAAAAUGUAUGCCUGCAAGAAACUAGAAAAGAAACGAAUUAAGAAGCGGAAAGGUGAACUGAUGGUGCUUAUAGAGAAGAUGACACUAGAAGAAGUCAACUCUAGAUUCGUUGUUAGUCUAACGUACGCGUACGAAACCAAAGACGCCCUGUGUCUGGUGUUAACCAUCAUGAACGGCGGUGACCUCAAGUUCCACAUCUACAACAUGGGGGGCGAACCGGGCUUCAGCCCGGACCGCGUGCUGUUCUACGCGGCGGAGGUGCUGUGCGGCCUCCAGGACCUGCACGCCAAGGGCAUCGUGUACCGCGACUGCAAGCCCGAGAACAUCCUGCUGGACGACCUGGGCCACGUGCGCAUCAGCGACCUCGGCCUGGCCGUCGACAUUCCGGAGGGCGGCUGGGUGCGCGGCAGGGUCGGCACCGUCGGCUACAUGGCCCCCGAGGUGAUCGACAACGAGUACUACAACUUCAGCCCCGACUGGUUCAGCUUCGGCUGCCUGCUGUACGAGAUGAUCGAAGGCCAGGCGCCGUUCCGCGCGCGCAAGGAGGCCGUCAAGCGCGAGGAGGUGGACCGCCGGGUGAAGCAGGAGCAGGAGAAGUACUCGAGCAAGUUCUCCGACGUGGCGCGCUCCCUCUGCCAGCUGCUGCUCCAGAAGCGGCCUGAGGAGCGGCUCGGCUGUCAGCAGGGCCGCCACGGCGCCGCCGAGGUCAGGAAGCACGAGUUCUUCAAGCAGGUCAACUGGAAGCGCCUGCGGGCGGGCAUGUGCGAGCCGCCGUUCGUCCCGGACCCGCACGCCGUGUACGCCAAGGACGUGCUGGACAUCGAGCAGUUCUCGACGGUCAAGGGCGUGGCGCUGGACUCACGGGACUCGGAGUUCUACGACAAGUUCAACACCGGCUCCGUCUCCAUCCCGUGGCAGCAGGAGAUGCUGGAGACGGGCUGUUUCAAGGAGCUGAACGUGUACGGCCCGGACUACUCGCGCAGCGACGACCUGCGCCAGGACCUGCCGCCGCCGGAGACCAGCUCGGGCUGCUUCAGCACCCUCAGACGCCGCCGGCGCGCCCGGCUCAAUGACCCGGAAGCCACGCCGUCGACCUCGCUGAGUAACUCCGACCCAUGACGCCAGGCGGCGCUGCCGGCCGUCGGUCGGUAGCCGCCCCUGCAUCGCCCUCUGUCGACGGGUACCUGCGGAGCAUCGGACGCGCCGGCUCGCGCGCGCGUGCGCGGCCGGCGACCGCGCCGCCUGGCGCCGUCCUGGCACACGGGCGCGCACAGUCGCGCGCGCGGGCGUUGUCGUCCCGGUCUCGCGGUCGGCUCGCGUACGGUGUCCCAGUAGCGCACGCAGAUAGACACGCGAACACGCUCACGCAGUCGCACGUGCGCGUUCAUCCACACGCACAGACAGGAGUCAGCAGUGGUACAGACGGCCGUGCUAUUAGCACGGAAACGCCCGCUCAGGGGCAGUCACAGGAGGCGUGCGUACUGGCCGUCGGGCGUGGACGUGCCCGUGGCUGGCUCUCUGGCGCCCUCUAUUCCGACUGAUUUUGGAUGGGUCGGCCGAUACACGUACAUGAGCACGAUACCACUCACGUACGUGCUCACGGGUUCACUCACCCAGUCAAACACCAGCCACUCAGGCACGCACCCGGACACUGACACAGCCACUCACCCACUCAGUCACUAGCCACCCACUCAGGCAAUCAUUCACCCACUCACACCCUCACUCCUCCACUCACUCAGUCCCUUGGCCUGCCGGGUCGCGCGAGCUGGCGCGUGCGAGACGUCUCCAGUCCACAGCCGGGCCCAGAAUCAAAAGCUCUUCCUCGCCUCGCCCCAUGCGUGCGCGCGCGAGAGUGUGCGUGUGCGUUCCUCGGUGUCCGUUUGGUGUUGUUAGGCGUGCGUGGGCGAUUGUGCGCGUGUGUGCGCUAGUUCGUCCUCUCUCGUCUUCUUCCAGUGGUCCCGCGCACUGCGGCCGCGGGGUCCGGGCUCACGACCGGACCGGGCCCGGCCGGGGCUGCCCCCAGUCGUGAACCAGCAGAGCUCAAGCAUCAGGGGUGACACCAGUGCAAUGUCGACUGUUUAGUUGGUUAGUUCGGUGGGCGCCCGCCAGGGGCGCGCGGUGCCGCGCCGUGCGUCGGCGGACGCGACAGAGCCGCGCACGGGGCGGGCGACCCUGCGCUCGCGCCUCUGCGCGUGACGUCCGCUGUUCGCCACAGACAGAGGGGGUCGGUCGGUGUGUGCCCAGCGCUCGAGCGACCCUCUAGUACUCUGCUGUUUACGCUUUCGUUUGGCUGGCGCCGUCGGCCUGCGCCGUCGGCGGGCUGGCGGCUCGCCGGCCCUGGUACAGCGGCACACACGUGAACGAUCAAUGCUUUUCAGGUACCUAAUGUACGCGCACCAUGUCGACAUUUCGUUAUUUAUCGUCCACCGACAUAUUAUGAGCUGUUUUAAUGAAUUUUUACCCCUUUCAUAACCUGAACAGUGACGCAGGUUUUGUAGCGUUGGGUGUAAUCGCGUGCACAUAGAGCCGUGUACACACAGGCAUGUGUGCGCCAGAGAGUGCGUGGCGUAGGUCUGUGAUGCGCUGGCCUGCUGAGUAAUUGUCGGCGCUGCUUUACUUCCGGUCGUGGCAUUACCUGCCGGGUCUGUCGGCCCCCGAGUGACGCCGGCGCGCCUCCGGGCGGCCGCGCGACGUCGGCGCGCGCGCGCUGUGUGUGCCGGACCUCAGGACCUGCUACCCCGCCCACUGUGUGGGAACCUCGGGCGCGCUCCGGACUCUCCGGAGAUGGCCGCGCUCCCCGAUGAGUGAAUGAGUGUCGGGCACUCGGCGAGUGCCCAGUUGUCCAGGCACUCCUGGGUCUGGGCGGCCGGGUCGCUGGCGGAUGCUGGCGGCCCGACCGGGAUAUGCAUUAUACGUGGCGCUCCGUUACCGUUCCCAGGUACAAACUGUCUCACAAACCGGCGCGUGUGUAGAUAGCUGUGAGCCUGGUGAGUGUGUGUGGAUGUGUGAUAGUUUGUGUCACUACG